CUCCGUGGGCAUUUCCACAACACUCCCCUCCCUGAUGACAUAACGGGGGUGGUAAUAUAUAUAGAAGUAUCUCAGAAAGCGACAGUCCCACACACAGCAAGGGAACACGACUGCACUGAUUUACAGAAGAGUUUCCGGGAAAAAGCAAUCUGGAUGAAUCAUGAUGAAAACCUUCCAUCUACCCACAGUAACCAUGUGGAGGAGAAGUAGAGGUGAAGCAGAAGCUCAUGACGAUGACCUUGUUUGCUCAAACAAUGUGGAGUCCCUAAAUAAAGGUCCAGCACAGGAGAAAGCAAAAAAUAAGCGAAACAUUUUACACAUGCUAAAAAAAACAAAAAAACAGCCAAAAACAUGCACUCCGGAUUCCACAGAAAUUUUGGAUUUCAACCAGAAUGUAAAACUGAAUCUUUUGGCUGAAGCAAGCCAGCAACUUUUAGCAAAGGAAAUGCAACUCUUUAAGCAACAAUCAUCAAAUACAGAAGUGAAUUGCCCUGAAGAUGAAGAGGACAGUUUGCAAAAGGACUAUGAAAUUUUAAUGCUUCAUUUAAGAAUGGCAGUCCAGGAUUCCUUUAACAAGGAGAAUCAGAAAAUUCUGUGUAAUGCUUUAAAGGCUAUAAGUCAACAGGAGGAGCAAGACAGGAACUGGAAGGAAGAAGCAACAGAGAAGUGUCCACGUUGGAGGCCCCUAAAAUGCAGAGAGAUCCAUGACAUAUUGCUAAAAAACAUAGUAGAGGUUCGGCUGCAACAAGCCAAUGAAGAAGAGAAUGGUGCAGAUAGGCUGUCCACCUCUCUGAAGAGAGAGGUAUGUCGGAUGGGCAAACGCAUUCAAAAGGACCUGCUCCAAGUUGUUAGAGAUGUGCAGCAAUGUUACACUCCAGAGUUUGAUAUAUGUAACAUGUAUAUUCAGCUCUACCACCAAGCGUUCUCAACAAAACUGAUGGAGUUGGCUCAAACCACCACUGAAAUACAAGACUGUAUCUACAUACUAUCCUGGAUUCAUGUUUAUUAUCCAAAGGAUAUUUUGCAACAUAGUGAACUGAAGCCACACAUCAACACAGAAUCAUUAGAAGCUCUCUUACCAGAGAAAGAUCUGAAAUCGCUGGAGGAGCAGUAUCUCUCACACAAAGAGGUGGAGGUCAGUAAAUGGCUGUCCAAUGCUCUUAAAAAAGAGGAGGAAAUGUGGCAGACGAGUGUUAAACCUGAGCUCAUCGAUGGGUGCUACUUCUCCAAUCUUGCUAUAGAUGUGAUACCUAUUAUUGAGGCAGCCAGGAAAGAAACCAUUGAAAUUCUGGGUAACACAGAUCAGAGAAUUUUGCAUCAACUGCACAGCUUCCUAGAGAGCUAUAAGAAAUCCAUAGCUGAGCUUAUCAAAGGAAAGCACACCCCUGAAAGUAUCCCUGACAAUAUCCCCAACAACCUGAAAGCCAAUCUAAAUAGCAUUAGGCAGUUCAGGGAGUAUAUAGAGAAACACGACAAUCUCACAGAAGGAAAGAAAGACAUGCUGUUUACUGUAUCAGAGAUGAGAGACUCCUGUCAUAGUUAUUUCCUCACCCCCAUACACAAGAAUCUCAAGGAGCAGUAUCGUAAGUUGUGGACUCCAGCCUGGUUUUCCCAAAGUCAUACAAUCAUUGACAAUCUACUAAGCUUCCUGGAAGAUAUGAUCCAGCAUUUCACAGACCUACAGUCUGCCUGCUUAAUGGAGCUGUUGAGGCAGCUGUAUUCUGAGGUGAUGAUACAAUAUGUCAAGAGGAUUUUGAAGGGGAAACUAAAACUAAAAGACAAGGAUGAGCAGGAGGCAGCUGCACGCUUCAUGUGUGAGGACAGUGCGAGAAUAAACUCAGUGUUCAUCAAAAUUGGAUUAGAAGAUAAUUGGCUUUAUGGCAUUUUACCCAAAUUAUCAGAAGUGGUGAGACUGCAGGACCCAGGAGCACUUCAGCUUGAGAUAGUUACGCUGGCCAGAACAUUCCCGGACAUCAGUGAAUGCCAAGUCCUUGCACUCCUGAGCUUAAAGGCGAACCUCUCAAAAGCAGAUGUGCGCAGCAUCAAAAACAGCCUGACUGAGAAUCGGGAUUCGCUGAACACUGAACCUACAACAGAUUUCUUUUCUAAAGUGCCAAUAAAACGGAAAUUGCUGUAAAGCCGUAUUAUUGCUACAGAUAAACUUUUAAAUUUGCUAUAAUACUCAGGAGGUCAUUGCUUAUAUAUCAUAUGCUACAUUUACUAACCCAAUUAUAGAUUGUAGAAAAAAUUUCAUAUCUGUUGUUAGUAAGAAACUGUACAUAUUAUAUAU